AUGACACCAGGGCUGGGGCUGCUCCUUGUAGCUGAGCGGGUCUUUCCUGCAUCACUGAGAACCAGGGAGGGAGGUGGGCUUGGGCAUCCCCUCUCCUGUGGUCCUGGGAUGCUGGACUCCUCACUGGCAGAUCAGAUGACUCGACUGACGCUGAAACUCUUGGAGAAGAAACUGGAGCAAGAGCGUGAGAACAUGGAGGGGGAGUCUGAGGACCCUCGCCUCAUGCCAGGAGACGAGGACAGGCCGGCCGCAGCCCUGCAGAGUGCUCUGCUGAGGAGGAAGGACCUUCUGCAGAGACUCUGGGAACAUCACCUCCUGGAAGAGCUCUCCCACGCCCACACCUGGAGGGGGGUGAACAGAGGAGCCCACGGGUCAGGGCUGCCCCCAGAAGUGCCCCCCAUGGGAAUCUACCCGGUAGCCUCCCCACCCCCACCGGCCCUGGAGUCGCCACGGAUCAUCCAACACUCCGUCCCCCAGCCUCCUGCCACCAUCAUUCAGCAGCUGCCUCAGCAGCCACUCAUAGCACAGAUUCCCCCUCCCCAGGCCUUCCCCACUCAAAGGUCAGGAAGUAUUAAGGAAGACAUGGUGGAGCUGAUGCUGAUGCAGAAUGCACAGAUGCACCAGAUCAUCAUGCAAAACCUGAUGCUCAAAGCCCUGCCCCCC